AUGAUGUCACCGCGGGGCGCCCGAGAGCCUCCGCCGGGCCCCCCUCACAGCCCCGCAGCGCCGGCGGCUCCUCUCUGGCUUCCCGGACCUGUCAGGGCGCUUUGCGCUCCUCAGAUCUCCAGGACUCGUCAGAGGUCUCAGAGGCGCCGGAACCCCCCGGGUGCCUCGGACUCCCGGGACCCCUCAGAGCCCUCGGACCUCUGGGACCGCCCUCAGAGUCCUCAGACCUGCCGGAACCCCCCAGGGCCCCUCAGAGCUCUCAGACCUCCCGGGACCUCUCAGACUUCCCGGACCCCUCAGGGCUCCUUGGACUCUUCAGACCUCCACGAACCCUCAGAGCCCUCAGACCUGCCAGCAUCCCUCGGGGCGCCUCAGACUCCCGGGACCCCUCAGAGCCCUCAGACCUCUGGGACCCCUCAGACGUGCAGGGACCGCCCAGGACCCGGCAGAGCCCUCAGACCCGCCGGGAUCCCCCGAGGUGCCUCAGACUCCUCAGGCAUCCAGGACUCCUCAGAGUCCCUCAGACCUUUGGGACCCCGCUCCCCCUCCCCCCGCCCCGCUCUCCCGGGCCCGUCAGAGCCCUCAGACCUCGAACCCCUGAGGUGCCUUGGACUCCUCAGACCGCUGGGGUGCCUCAGACCUCUCAGAUUUCCAGGAUCCCUCCGAUCUGCCAGGACCCCUCAAAGCCCUCAGACCUGUGAGGACCCCCCAGGGCGUCUCAGGCUCCUGGGGCCCCUCAGAGCUCUCAGACCCUCACGACCCUCUGGGACACCCUGGGGCCCCUCAGUCCCUCCAGGAUCCCUCAGACUUCCAGGACUCCCUGAGGUACCGUGGACUCCUCAGACUCCUGGGGUGCCUCAGACUCAGACCUUCCAGGGCCCUCCAGGACUCCUCAGAACCUCUGAACUCACGGGGACCUCCUGGGGCCCCCCUGGACCCUUCGGCCCCCCAGAACAACAGAGACGUGCCUUUGGGCCACUCAGCCGUUCCUCUCAGGUGUUCCUGCGGGCUGAGAAGAGCCCUUUGGUCAUGAGGAUGGGGCAGAGGGACCCCGUGUGCAUGGUGUCAUCAGCAAGGAUCUCCUCCUCCCCAGCACGCUGAGAAGGGACAGGUAAUUUGCUUCCUCCUGGGGGGAAGAGGAGCUGUGGCAGGCCCUCCGUUCCAGGCCGUGUGACGGCAUGUGGACCCCCAAUCUCCAGGUGCCCCCGGAAGCGCCGCUGCGAUAGCGGGAGGGCAGCGCCGCACGUGCGGCACAGUGCUGGCAUGGCCUGCGCGGGGCUCUGGUUAAGUCUUGAAAGACUUUGUGGGUUAUGACAUUCCCCUAAAUGUGCUGAGCUUUCUUUAACCUUUCAUAAAACAUUGUGAUCUUUAUGGACUGUA